AUGCGAGAAUCUGGACAGGAGAAAGGAAAGAGCACACAAGAGGACAGGAGAAUAACAGACGACGAAAUUGGGGUCACGGCUCCUACCGCCACUGCUGCUACCUCCAGUAUCAAAUCGAAAUCCAAAAUCAAAGCCAGAAUUAGAUCCAGUAUUGAAUCCGGUACCACUUCCUCUGCCACGGACGUCUCCCUUUCUAAUCUGCCUACAGCAGCAGAGGCCCGUUUCAUCUCCUCCCUCCCACUUGAAACGCUCGUUUCAGCAGCCGGAACAAUUCGCGACCAGCGAGAGGACCCCCAUAUAGUCACAUUCUCGCCCAAGGUCUUCAUUCCAGUCACAUUUCUCUGCAGGGACACAUGCGCCUACUGCACCUUUGCCAAGCCUCCGGAUCAGGUUCGGCGCGCAUACAUGACCGAAGCUGAGGUGUUGGAAGUGGCUCGGGCUGGAGCUGCGGUCGGGUGUGUGGAGGCUCUGUUCACUCUGGGAGAUAAACCAGAGCUCAGAUACGAGGAGGCGAGGAAAGAGCUGCAGGAGCUGGGAUUUGCCUCCACCAUACACUAUGUCGCCCACCUAGCCGCCAGAGUGCUGCAGCGCACGGGACUCCUGCCGCACGUCAACGCGGGCACCAUGGGGGCGGCAGACCUUGUCCUUUUGCGCCACGUGGCGGCCAGCCAGGGGCUGAUGCUCGAGAGCACAGCAGAGGCGCUGAUGCAGCCCGGUGGGGCGCACUGGGGAUGUCCAGAUAAGGAGCCGAGCGUGAGACUGGCGACAAUCGAAGCUGCUGGUGCUGCCCGUGUACCCUUUACAAGCGGUCUCCUUGUGGGCAUAGGCGAAACACGAGCUGACAGACUAAGGGACCUGCUAACACUUCGAGACCUACACUCCCGCUACAAGCACAUACAGGAGGUGAUCAUCCAGCCAUUCAGAGCAAAGGAGCAGACGAGGAUGGGCGGGUGGGGGCAUGCAGAAGCAGAGGAGUUGCUGUGGAGUGUGGCGAUGGCACGGAUAGUUCUGGGGGCUCGUAUGAGCAUUCAGUCCCCGCCCAACCUGAGUGUGGGGGACGUGGCGCAGAGUGCACUCAUAGCAGCGGGGAUUAACGACUGGGGAGGAAUCUCACCAUUCACUGCCUGGUGUUUUAUAGAAGUCUUAAAGCCCCUUUCCUUCUUGCCUCCCUGUUUCAUGGCGUGUGGCAGUGUGGGGGACGUGGCUCAGAGUGCACUCAUAGCAGCGGGGAUUAACGACUGGGGAGGAAUCUCGCCAGUCACCGUUGACUGGGUCAACCCUGAGGCCCCCUGGCCGCACAUUCACAAGCUGGCGGCGGUCACUGCAGCUUCUGGGAAGGUUCUCGUGCCUCGCCUGCCAGUCUACCCCAGCUUUCUGUCACUGCACAACCAGGACACGUGGCUGGUGAAGAGACGUGCCCACGUGGCAGGUGAUGACGUGGACAUUAGACCGAGUGACAAGGCAAUGCGAAUGCAUGAGGUGGCACGGGCAAGUGAUGACGUGGCGCGCUCUCUUGAACGAGCUCUGGAGGGACGCAAAUUGUCUGAGACGGAGAUAGUUCGGCUCUUCUCUGCACGCAGCACUGACUUUCAUGCGGUGUGCCAUGCUGCGGAUGGGUUGAGAGCAGUGGUGAACGGUGACGAGGUGUCGUACGUGGUGAAUCGCAACAUCAACUACACCAAUGUGUGCACCUAUGCCUGCCAGUUCUGCGCUUUCAGCAAAGGGAAAUCAGCAGAGAGCCUAAGGGGCCAGCCAUACCUCAUGUCAUUAGAGGAGAUCAGCAGUCGAGCCAAGGAGGCUUGGGAGCGAGGCGCAACCGAGGUCUGCAUGCAGGGAGGCAUACACCCGGACUUCACAGGAGAAACCUACCUUUCAAUCUUAUCAGCCGUCAAAACAACAUGUCCCGACAUGCACGUGCAUGCCUUCUCGCCUCUGGAGGUGUGGCAUGGUGCCACGUCCCUCAACUGCAGUGUGCCCCAUUUUCUCAAACUCCUCAAGGAUGCGGGUCUGGGGUCCCUUCCCGGAACAGCUGCAGAGAUAUUGGACGACUCGGUGCGAGCCGUGCUCUGCCCAGACAAGAUCUCAACCGUCCAAUGGAGGGAGGUGAUCGAGGCCGCUCAUUCUGUCGGCCUUCCCACCACCUCCACUAUCAUGUUUGGCCACGUGGACCAUCCCAUCCACUGGGCACGUCACCUGCUGCUGCUGCGGUCCAUUCAGGAGCGGACAGGUGGCAUCACGGAAUUUGUCCCCCUGCCGUUUGUGCAUAUGCAGGCACCAGUGUACCUCAAGGGCAGGAGCAGGCGAGGCCCCACGUUCAGAGAGUGUGUGCUCAUGCAUGCGGUGGGGCGGCUGGUGCUGCAUCCACUUAUUACAAACAUCCAGGCCUCAUGGGUAAAGAUGGGGCUGGAGGGCGUUUCUUGUCUGUUAGCGGCUGGCUGCAAUGAUGUGGGCGGCACUCUGAUGAAUGAGAGCAUCACACGGGCGGCUGGAGCAGUGCAUGGUCAAGAAGUUACAGCUCAGCGCAUGGAAGAAGUCAUCUAUGCAGCUGGUCGUCAACCUCGGCAGCGAACCACAUUAUACAAGUCUUCUAGUGCAGAUUAA